UUGCGGAGGGUUGAGGGUUUAUGGUGUGCAGAGAGAAGAAACUCCCGGGACUUGGAGGCCCAUCGAACUCCUCUCGCUUCUUAACGACAUGAGCCGAUCGGGCCAGCCUCCAGAUCUCAAGAAGUACAUGGACAAGAAGCUUCAAAUCAUACCAUUUUGCAGGGGAGAAUAUGGUGUCAUUAGUUGAUGUCGAAUGCUAUGCUUAAAUGCAUUGGAGUAAAGUUGAAUGCAAACCGAGUUGUGGUUGGCACUCUUCGUGGGUUUGAUCAAUUUAUGAACCUCGUUGUUGACAACACCGUGGAGGUGAACGGCAAUGAGAAGAAUGAUAUUGGCAUGGUGGUUAUUCGAGGAAACAGUGUGGUCAUGAUUGAAGCUCUCGAGCCGGUUGCCAGAACAUAAUACUGUCUUUUCUUCUGUUAGUCAACUCGUGCUUCGUGUGCUUUUAUUAAUGCCUAUGAGAUUGGCAAUGAUCUGUUAGUAUUCAUGUGUUGUAUUUCCUUGACCCUUAUCAUCAUCAUCCUUCGUAGUUAAUUCUA